AUUUGAUCAGAUGAAACUGCUGUCACUUGGUGUAACCGGAUAGCCAUCAGUCCCAAUAAGCCAACUCAGAGCGAGUCAAUAUGUUCAGUCCGCGUUCGGUGUUCCCCACCUCCCCCUCCGCACGACCUCUUGAUCAUUUCACAUUGCCAAAUACACCAAAGUUGUCAUCACUUGCUGGGUGUUGCAAAUUGUCAGUCUUCUUUUACAAUGGGUGAUUGUAUUCCGGAUACCAAUGACGUGUCGGCGGCUGGUGACCGCGACAUCGAAACCUACCACAUCUCUUCUUCCGCGCUGCACGCCCGCGCCGCCCAUCAUGAGUCUUUCCAGCAGCUGUGGGAGACAAAAUGGAAAGGACCUUGCGCCAUGGGUGUCUACCCCUUCAUGUUUGGCAGCAUCACCGACUUUCAGCCGGUGGUUGACGCCAUCAUCGCUAAAGGCCUAAAGGAGCCCUACAACUGGGAUGAAUACGCUUCCAUGUUCUUCCCCCAAGCGUUCAAGCUCGCCUUUACCGCCCGCCAAGCCGAACAAAACGGGGAAAAGGAAAAGGCUUGCGAGUUGUACCUCCGAAGCUCAGCCCUUUACCGCAUCGCGCGUUUCCCCGCCCCGCGCUCCCCCAAACAACACGAAGCCUGGAAUCUAGGCAAACAAGUCUUCUACAAAGGCGCCUCCCUCCUCCCCAUCCCCAUCCUCCCCAUCUCCAUCCCCCACCCCAACCACCUUCCCUCCGAACCCCCCCUCAUCCCCGCCUCCCUCCUCCUUCCCCCGUCUCCACACCCCCUCCCCCUCCUCAUAAUCCUAACCGGUCUCGACGGUUACCGCACCGAACUCUCAGCCUGGCAAACCCCCCUGUCCCGCUUCUCCAUCGCAACCCUCGUCCUCGAAAUCCCCGGAACAGGCGACUCCCCCUCUCUCCCCUCCGACCCCCUCUCCCCCGACCGCCUCAUGUCCUCCCUCUUUUCCUACAUUUCCACCGCCCUUCCCACCGUCAACUCGUCCAAUAUCAUCAUCUGGGGUUUCUCCACAGGAGGGUACUACUCUCUCCGCGCAGCCCACACCCAUCCGUCCCACCUCCUCGGCUCCGUCUCCCUCGGCGGCGGCUGCCACCACAUGUUUGACGAGACCUGGCUCCGCAACGUCAACCAUUUGGAAUACCCCUUCGACCUAGCCCAUACCCUCGCUCACAAGUUCGGUUACGAAGACAAUCUAGACCAAUUCAUCAAAGAAGGCAAGAGCAAAUUCAGUCUCCUCGACAGCGGGAUCCUGGACCAGGAAAGUUGCAAGACGUUGGUGGUCAAUGGUGACUUGGACGAGAUUUUCCCGGUGGAGGAUUUGUAUCUUGCCGUCAGGGACAAGAACGGGAAUGUGAGAAAGAACACCGAGUUCAAGGUUGUCGAAGGGAGGAAGCACAUGGGGGAGCCCGAGAGCUUUGGUGUUAUUCUCGAGUGGAUUCAUGGGCUGUGGGGGUUGGAGGCGGGAGUGGACGAGUUCAAGAAGGGCGUUUUGGAGGGUUUGCCUUUCAAGCCGAAAUAUUGAAGGUGAUGGUAAGGCUUGAUCAAGUUGUUGCAUCGAAUAUCAUGGCAAAGAAGCUGUGGCUGUGGAGAAGCUUGCAAAGGUUUUGGCCCGAUUUUCAAGAAAAUGCUAAUGCACAUGGUGAUAAUGUUCCUAUAUUGUCCAAAGCCAGGAAAUAAAAGGAGAGAACCUAUACGGAGCCCUUUAUUUAUCUUACCAACACCCCCACCUCCCUCCCCUUGAUAUAGAAUCAAAUCAUAUUGCGAAUAAGCUUUAAAAGAUACUUAAGAGACAUUUAAAGAUAAUUAAAAGGCGGUAAAAGGUAGUUAAAGGGGUUAGAAGAUAAUUAAGAGUCGUUAAAAAAUAAUAAACAGGCCUUCAAAGAUAGGUAAAGGAGCUUAAAAGUCAAUUUGAAGGCCUUAAAGAAUAAUGUAUAGGCGUUUAAAGAUAACUUAAAAGCUUAUUAUUUUUCUUUCAGGACCUAAAAACACCCGCUUAUAUCGCUGUACGCGCUCUCACCCGCAAGUCGCAUCUCCCACUGAUUAAUCAACCAAGCUUGGACUAAUGGCUCUUGCGCCUCAACAUCGAAAGCUUUUCAAAAUCGUUCUGAACCACUGCCAGUUCCUGCUCCAGCCGUACCUUGCGAGAUCCAAUUUUGGCAAUCUCAACGUCACACCGCGCUCUUUCCCUGUCCAUAAAGGCGACAGUUUCUGGCAAAAUAUUGCCCGUACG